CAAAAAUGUUCCCGCCAUUUCUCGCAUCAGCAAAAGGGGAAACCCUAGAUUGACAGAAAUCGACAGAGAGAGGGACGGAGCCAUGGAAGAGGAGAUCAAAGCAGAGUUCUUGAAGAACGGGUUCACUCUUGACGAAGAAGAAGAGAUACUCAAGAAAUGCCAUAUGUUUUGUCUAAACUUCAGUCUCAAGCCUUCCGAUCUCGUCUCAAGCUGGGAGGUUUAUUACCUGAAUCGACAACUUGAUGAAUCAGUUGUAAAGGAUGCAGAAAUGGAUGGGUUUUCGGGGCACCUGCAGAAUGAACAAGUAGAGGCGGUUGUUAAAAAGGAGCCCGAUCUGUAUAUGUACUCUUUUAAAGACGUUGACAUGAUUUUAGAUGCUGAAGAUGAAGAUACAAAAGAAGUUAUUCUUAGAACUCCAACAGACAAAUCUGAAAAACUUCAUUCAGAUUUAUAUGACUCUGCACAAAAAACAAAUAGUAACAUUUAUUCCUCUAGGAGGACACCAAAACAAGUGACACCGUUUGGGACACGAAGUAAUAAAUUUGUGGUGAAAUUCAACAUCGAUAAUCUUCCUACAUCAGAGACUGUGAAUGGCAUGCAUGAUCAUGAGAAUCUCGAGGAUGCUGUUAUUAAGAGGAUUCAACCUCAAAAAAGAUGUUCAUUGGUUGUCCACAGCUCAGGACCUGAACCAGGUUGCAGAUUCAUGUACGACAGGAUUGAAGACGGGUUCAAUGCCCUUGAAAACCGCAUUAGAAAGCAUGCAGCUGCACUUGUUGCAUCUGGCCUCUAUCAAGAACCAAUGGAUCCAUCAGUUGCUUCACAGAGGAGCAUAUUUGCGGUUGGAAUGAUCUUCUGUGAUGACGAGGGUCAUUUAAAUGAUAAGUCCAUCUUGUUGCAAAGCAGUGUUGAGCAUUCUGGAGGGCAACGUGUUCGACUAGAAUUAAAUAAAUUGAGCCACUUUUCUAUUUUUCCAGGGCAGGUGGUAGGCAUUGAGGGUCACAACCCUAGUGGGCAUUGUUUGAUUGCAUCAGAGAUCGUAGAUUCUGUUCCUUUGACCAUUGCUGCUGAUACGAAUCUGCCUCCUGCAAAGAGGCAGGCUUUAAAUGAGGAGAUUCAGGCAACAAAUCUUUCCUCCACGCCAACAGAGAUAUCACUGAUCAUUGCUGCUGGCCCAUUCACUACUACAGACAACUUAUUAUUUGAGCCUCUGAAAGAACUGCUCACCUAUGCAACGAGAAAGUGUCCACAGUUGCUUAUACUGUUAGGACCUUUUAUCGAUUCUGAACAUCCACAGAUUAAGAAAGGAACUUUUGACCUGAGUUUUGAUGAAAUAUUUCGAUCAGAGGUUCUUAGAAUGGUGCAAGAUUAUGUGGAAUAUAUGGGAUCUGAUGCACGCGUGAUUCUUAUUCCAUCUAUUCGGGAUGCUAAUCACGACUUUGUUUUCCCUCAGCCUCCUUUUGAUCUUGAUCUACACAAUCUUAAUCAGAUAACCAGUCUCACAAAUCCAGGGAUUUUUGAGGCAGAUGAGGUCAAGAUUGGUUGCUGCACUGUAGAUAUUCUCAAACAUCUUAGUGGAGAGGAGAUAUCACGACAUUCAAUGGAUGGAACGCCUAGUGAUCGCUUGAGUAGACUUGCCAGCCAUAUUCUUAGCCAGCGCAGCUUUUAUCCGCUGUAUCCACCAGCAGAAGGUGUCCCAUUGGAUUCCUCACUUGCUCCUGAAGCUCUUCAUAUCCCUUCAGUUCCAGAUCUUCUUAUCUUACCUUCAGACAUCAAAUACUUUGUCAAGGUGUUAUCUCUGGGGGGAACAAGUGAAGGGAAAGAACAAACGAAGAAAUGCAUUUGUAUUAACCCAGGAAGACUGGCCAAGGGAGCAGGCGGAGGCACCUUUGUAGAGCUCAAAUACCAAGGGAGUCCUGAUAAGAUGAAUGCUUCAAUUAUUGGUAUAUGAGUCUUGAAUUUUAUUAAUGCAAGAUAUAUAUCCUGAACAUGCGGUGUUCCUCCUAAGAUGAUGCGGACAAAUGGUAUUUGGUCCACCACAUGGGAGGAAUCAAAUGUCCGAGGGAAGCAAAGGCGGCAAAGUUCGUGCAUUAACGGUUCCGAGUUCAAAAAGUACUAUGUGCAUCAUAGAGCGCUUCAGCAUUUGUCAUUAAGAUAAAAUCAACUGCAGAACGAGACAGAAAAAAAGAGAGAUGGGAUGACAUGUCCCUGCCAUUUUUUAUGUAUGUUCAUGUAUUAUGAUGUAACCAUCACUUGUAUCUAUCUCAUACUGCAUCAUGUAUUUUAGCUAGUUCAAACCAGAUGGAGAGCCAUUGGUACA